ACGCUCCCCGACCCGCUCCGUUCGUCGUCGUGUCGACUGGGUCUUCAUCCACCUCCCUUCCCUUUGCUCCGUCUCCAUCGCGCGCCCCUCGGGAUCUCGCCUCGCGGAGCUGGUGCCUCGCGCGCCGGCGGCUGCUGCGCGCGCGGUAGGUCGGUCCCCGGCGGGCGAGGUGCAGGAGAGAUCUCCUCGCGGAGUUAGGGGCGGGGCGGGCCGUGGGAGAGGUUGCUGGGGCCGAUGGGCGGGGCGGUCUCCGGCGGCGCGGCGGUCGGGGACGCGGCGGGGGCGACGACGUACCCGGUCGUUCUCAACGUGUACGACCUGACGCCGAUCAACAACUACCUCCACUGGUGCGGGCUCGGGAUCUUCCACUCCGCCGUCGAAGUCCAUGGAUCGGAGUACAGUUUUGGAGCACAUGAUCACCCAUCAAGUGGGGUCUUUGAGGUGGAACCAAAGAACUGCCCGGGCUUCAUAUACAGAUGUACGAUUUUCAUUGGCAGCACAACUAUGAAUCCCUUGGAAUUUCGAGAAUUCAUUCAGAGAAUGGCCUCAGAAUAUCAUGGAGAUACUUACCACCUCAUUUCCAAGAACUGUAACCACUUCACGGAUGAUCUUAGCACCAGAUUGACAGGAAAAACAAUUCCUGGUUGGGUUAAUCGACUUGCAAGGCUAGGGGCCUUUUGCAAUUGUCUUCUGCCAGAAAGCAUGCGGCUUGAGUCAACUGAGACAAAGCAUCUUGCGGACUGUCGUUUCUCAGAUGAUUCCCACACAACAAGCAAGGAUAAUUUUGAUGAAGAUGACUUGGAAGACAAACACCUGCUUCCAACAUCUUCUGUUGGUGAAGAUGCAAUUGUAAAAGAAGUUCACAGAUGAAUGUCUUCUAGAACCAUGCAGUGAGCUCUUCUGUAUUCUAAAAUGUAAUGGGUUUCAAAAUUCAAUGUGCAGCUUGUCAUUCAUUAUUGUGCAUUGUAAUUUCUGUGUUCUAAAAAUGUAAUGGGCUCUUGUUCUGUUCUGAAAUUUUGUAUACAUUCAGUGGCUUGUCCAUAUUCAUGAUUGAGUUCAUUCAUUCUACCAGCACAUGUAAUUUGUACUGCCCUCUUUAGAUUGUCUGAGAUUUGCGGCUUGCGUGGAAUCUUAAUUUGUA